AUGGGCGCCACCGGUGGAGGCAUCUCCAAGGAUGCCCUAAAACAAGUUCCCAAACCAGCCCGAGCAGCAUUCAUCUGGCUGGUUGCCAUUUGGGCCUCCUACUGUGGUAGCCUUCACGGCUUCAACUCUUCCAACAUCUCCGGCGUGAUGGGAAUGAGUAGCUUCAAGCAUGAGUACGGCUGGGACUCGCUUUCUUCGGGGACAGUCACCAACUACAAGGGCUGGGUCACCUCCUCAAUGCUGCUGGGCCAAACCGCAGGCAUCCUCCUCUCCGGUCCAAUCAUGGAACGUCGUGGCCGCAAACCGGUGAUUUUGUUGGCUGCGAUCACAUACACCAUCGGUGCGCUGCUCAUGGCGGUCAACUUCGGUUCUCUGGCCGAACUCAUGGUAGGCCGCACCAUCUCUGGCCUGGGGUCCGGGAUUGCCUACUCAGCAGGCCCCGUGUACAUCUCCGAAGUGGCGCCCACUGAGCUCCGUGGCAUGAUGUCCACCUUCUACAACGCAGGGAUUAUGUCCGGCGUGGCCGGGGCCUAUUGGAUCAACUACGCCGUAACGAUGGUCAUCCCCGCGGGAUCUGAAUGGCAAUGGCGCAUCCCAAUGAUCCUGCAGCUCAUCCCAUCGACCAUCCUGUUGGCGGGCUACCCCUUCUGUCCCGAAAGCCCCCGGUUCCUCAUGAUGCGCGGCCAGGUCGCCGCCGCACGCCGCAACCUCGUCCGCCUGCGUGGCGGACUCGACGAGCGCGACCCCUAUUUCGCCCGCGAGUACGCCGAGCUACGCAACAAAGUCGACCACAGCGAGGACGCUCCCACCACCGGCCAGUCACCCUGGAAGUCCAUCCAGCAGUCCUGCCGGCAGUUCGCCUCCGACCCGACCUUCCGCAAGGUCCUGGUGCUGGUCCUCUUUGUUCAGACCUUCUUCAUCAUGUCCGGCGGAAACAGCAUCACCUACUACGCCCCGACUAUCCUGGCCUCGAUUGGCUUCAACUCCUCGAAAGUCCUCCUCUUCACCGCAGUGUAUGGCACCAUCAAGUUCCUGUCUGUAUUUCUAUACGCCUUCUUCCUCACCGAGCGCUUCGGCCGCCGGCCCCUCCUCCUCGCCGGCUCCACCAUCAACCUCGUCUGCCUGAUCUACAUCGCCGCCUACCUGGGCAAAGCCGACCUCUCGGCCACAGACAGCAGCCCCAGCGCAGCAGCCAUCAUCGCCGUCGUCGCCCUGUGUGUCUUCGCCGUCGGCUACGGCUUUGGCUGGGCCCCCGCGUUCUCCCUGACUGCCUCAGAGAUCUGCCCGACCAGCAUGCGCGGUACCGUCAUUACUCUGGCAUUUACCUACCAGAACCUAUUGAACUUCGGCAUCACUCGCGGUUUCCCGAAUAUGACCGUCGCCAUGCACCCGUGGGGUCCGUUCGCGCUGUUCGCUGCCUGCACCUUUUGCGGUACCAUCUGGGUCUUCUUCGCCUUCCCGGAGUGCAAGGGUCGCAGUAUGGAGAGUACGGGGGCGUUGAUGGCGCUGCCCUGGUACAAGGUCGGGUUUGAGCCCGUUCCCGUGCAGCAGGAGUUGGCGGGACUGCGGGAGGAGGCAGGGGGGAAGGAUUUGGAGAAGGAUGCUUAUUCAGAGCAUGAAGAGACGGUGGCUGGAGGGGGGGUGGGCAGGUAG